AUGGCGCAUCGGCGGCCGGAGCUCGCCGCCGCCGCCCCGCCGCCCCUCGAGGACGUCGUGCGCGCCUGGGCGCCGGACCUGGGCCGCCACCUGGACACCCUGGGCCUCGAGGACGCCGCCGCCGCCUACGCGGCGGCGCUGCCGGAGAACCGGCCGCCCCCGCCGGUGCCCGCGGGCGUCGCCGCGGCCCGGGUCAUGCGCCUGAGCUGCGACGCGGCGCUCGCCGCCGCCCGCGCGGCCGGGGGCCCGGACGGGCUGCCCCUCGCGGCCGCGCUGCGCGACGACGCGCGCGCGCGCGACGCCGCGGGCGACUUCCGCGGCGCCGUCGAGAGCCUGGAGCGGGCCCACGCCAUCUUCGAGGCGCGGCGCGAGCCCUUCGAGGCGUGGGGGCGCCUCGACGCGCCGGCGAUGGCCCAGCGCUUCGCGGAGGAGGCGCUCGCCGUCUUCGAGGCGCUGCCGGGGGACAUGGGCCCCUCCGGCCGGCGCGAGCACGCCCACGCCCUGGCGGCGCUGGGCGUCGCCUGCUUCCAGCGGGGCGACGCCGCGGCGGCCGCGGCCGCGCUCGAGAUGGCCGUCGACGUCUUCGGCGCCUGCGGCGACCCGGACCACUGGAACGCGACGGACCGGGGCGACGGCGGGGGCCACGACCUGGCGCUCGCCGUCGCGCUGACGAACCUCGCCAACGCGCGCGGCGCGCUCGGCGAAUUCGAGCAGAAGAAGGCGCUGCUCCUGCACGCGCUCCGCAUCAAGCGCGCGCGCUUCGAACACGACAAAGACCACCCGGAGAUCGCGACGACGCUCGCGAACCUGGGCAACGCCUGCGCCGCGCUCGGCGACCACGCCGCGGCGCAGAGGCACAUGGCGCGCGCGCUCGCGGGCUUCGAGAAGUGGCACGGCCCGGACCACUUUACGGUCCUCGCGACGCUCAUGAACCUCGGCGCCUGCUGCGCGGCGUCGGGCGACGACGCCGGCGCGGGCCUCCACCUGCGGCGCGCCGCGCACGUCGGCGCCGCGCUCCACCCGGAGACCGCGGCCGAGUGGGCGGGCUGCCUCGAGGCCAGCCGCCUCGACGACAGCAAGCUCGAGCUCGAGGAGCCCGAGUCGCCCGGCGUGCGCGACUUCGAGGUCGAGGCGCCCGAGGCGCCCCAGUCGCGGCCCGACUCGCCCAUGGACGAGGACGACCUGCUGUAG